AUGUCAACCUCCCCUCUGAAGACGCCUCUUGGCUUCAAUCCCAUCUCUUCUGUACCUAUUGCACCCUCUACACCUUCAGUUGAGUCUGCACCUUCAGUUGAGUCUGCACCUUCGGGUUUGUUGGGACAGGCCAAGGCCGCAUGGGCUAAAGUCAACAAGUUCCGCGAUGACUUAAACUUGCCAAACCCUGGCACGUAUGAGGGUGUCAACCGUGAAGUCAAACAGACCUUCUUGACCAACCAUGUUUUUGAUGGAGCUCGUUGCGAUAUCACCAAGGUAUUGACCCCCAACUUCCAGGUUACACAUUCAUUCGCGAUGGGAUCGGUCGCUGCCCCGUCCACUUAUAACUUUGGUACUAUCUUUAUCGGUCAAGAGUCUUUCCUUUCGGGUAACUUGGAUACUGAUGGCAAUGUACAGGCAAGAGCCAACUAUGCAUGGAGCAACCGUAAUAUCUCUAAGGUCCAAGCGCAGCUGUCGACGACUCCAGGACACUCAAUGUUGCAGAUGGAACAGGAUUACAAUGGCAAAGAUUUCAAUGUAAACCUUAAAGGCGUGAACCCGUCACCUGUAGAAGGCACUGGUAUUUUUAUUGGAUCUUAUUUACAAUCUGUGACUCAACACUUGUCUUUGGGAGCAGAAGCAGUGUAUCAACGUCCUACACCUGGUCAGGAGGAAACGAUUUGGUCCUAUGUGGCCAAAUAUACAGGCAAGGAUUAUGUUGCUACUGCACAGUAUCAAGGAUUCGGAGCAUUCUCUGCAGCGUAUUACUUGCGUUACUCUGAAAAGGUUGAUUUCGGUACAGAGUUUCAGAUGAUGACUGCGGGUGGACGUCGGGAAGCCGUUGCGACAGUCGGAGGCAAAUUUGAAUUUAGACGGUCAACAUUCCGUGGACAAGUCGAUACGACAGGCAAGGUCUCCGCAGUAUUGGAGGAAAAGAUCGUCCCCGGAUUCUCAUUCCUGAUCAGUGGAGAGAUGGAUCAUGGCAAGGGUCAGAGUCGUUUCGGUGUUGGUAUGAUGUGGGAGGUUUAA